UCGAAUAGCUUCCGGCUGUUUGUGUUUACUGACCACUGUGAGCGAAAGGCUCCGCGAGACUAACGUUCAUUACCACAGUUUGAUGUCAAGAUGGGUGCUUGUCUGGCAUUGUGCUCUUUAGCCAGCUGUGCCUCCUGUCUGUGUGGCUCCGCACCAUGCCUUCUGUGUGGAUGCUGUCCCUCCUCCCACAACUCCACCAUCACCAGGCUGGUUUUCUCCUUCUUCUUGCUGCUGGGUACCUUGGUGUCCGUCAUCAUGAUCCUUCCUGGCAUGGAGACACAACUCCGUAAAAUCCCAGGAUUUUGCCAGGGAGGAAGCACUAUAACUGGUUUUGAAAACCAGGUUAACUGUGAUGUCAUUUUGGGCUACAAGUCUGUGUACCGCAUGUGUUUCGCCAUGACCUGCUUCUUCUUUCUGUUCUCCGUCAUCAUGAUUCGUGUCCGUAGCAGCAAAGACCCACGGGCGGCCAUUCAAAAUGGGUUCUGGUUCUUUAAAUUUCUGAUCCUGAUUGGGAUUACAGUGGGGGCUUUCUUCAUCCCUGACGGAACAUUUAAUACUGUGUGGUUUUACUUCGGCGUCGUGGGAUCCUUCAUCUUCAUUAUAAUCCAACUUAUUCUUCUCAUCGAUUUUGCCCACUCGUGGAACAAGGUGUGGGUAGGAAAUGCGGAAGAUGGUGACAACAAAUGCUGGUUUGCAGGGCUGCUGUCUUUCACCUUCCUCAACUAUGCACUGGCAUUCACUGCUGUGGUGCUUUUCUACGUUUACUACACACAGCCUGAUGACUGCACAGAACACAAGGUCUUCAUCAGCCUCAACCUGAUCUUCUGCGUCAUUAUUUCCAUUAUCUCCAUUCUGCCCAAGAUACAGGAAGUCCAGCCCCACUCUGGUUUGCUUCAGCCUUCCCUUAUCUCCCUCUACACCAUGUACAUCACUUGGUCUGCUAUGACCAACAAUCCAAAUCGAAAUUGUAACCCCAGCCUGUUAAGUCUGGUGUCGAACAUCAGCACCACGGAGCCAUCCGCCGACGGGACCCCGGGACAGGUGCAGUGGUGGGACGCUCAGGGCAUUGUUGGCUUGGUCAUCUUCCUCUUCUGCACUCUCUAUGCCAGUAUCCGCUCGUCCAGUAACUCCCAGGUGAACAAGUUGAUGCAGACCGAGGAGGGUGGAGGGUCAGGUGGAGAGGGUGUUGUGGGAGACGACGGCAUUCUCCGGGCCAUGGACGAUGAAGAAGAGAGAGUCUCUUACAGCUACUUUGUUUUCCACUUCCACCUCUGUCUGGCCUCUCUGUACAUCAUGAUGACUCUCACCAACUGGUACCCACCCUACGCCACCACCCAGGCCAUGCAGAGCGGCAUGCCAGCUGUGUGGGUGAAGAUGAGCUCCAGCUGGCUGGGCCUCGGGCUCUACCUCUGGACCCUCACCGCCCCUCUCAUCUUCCCUGAUAGGGAUUUCAACUGAGUCUUUAAGCUGUAUUUGGUUGUUUGGUUUCUUGCCUUGUGUAUCCGGCUGUGUGAAGGAUGCUAUGAGUGAAAUAGGAAAUAGGAGGAGGGAGGUUCAAUUAAUUAUUUUGGUUAUUUGUGUUGUUUUACUUCUUUCUGUGUGUUUCUAUAGUGUGAUCGCUAAAAAUAAUAAUUUUUAUUAAGCCUGUUUGAUAGUGGUUUUAACAGGCUUUUUUGGUCAAUGACUCCCUUCAUAGGCAAUCUUCUGCCUUCCUCCUAAUGUCGUCUGAAGUCACACACUCAACAACAUGGCACUUUCUUGAUACCUCAGACAUUUCAGUUACAGGUUCCCGUUUACGGGCCUCUGAGAUGUGACUUCUCUAUUGGGCCCGUCUGGAAUCUCUGAUUAGCUGGACUCAUGUACUGCCGGAGCCACUAGAAAAACUUCUCCUCGGAGCCCAGAGCGAGUCGAGUGUGAGAAACAGAUAAGCUGAUAUGACACGCCCUACACAUCACAACAGGGCUUCCCUCUAGCUGCGCGGCUGUAGCCCUGCAAACCACGUCAUUGCACUUCAGGCCAGAGAUUCUUAAUGGCCCACCAGUCGAAUCUCAGCUCGUCCUCGUCCGCCCCGACGUAGGGUCAUUUAACUCCGGUGCGCCGCCUGUCCACGUCUUCUGUGUAAGUAUUGACCCAUAGCAGUCGGCAUCAUGGCUGCGCAUUGGUACAAUUCAGAAGGUAAUGGCUUCACCUCCACAGACCUGCGCUCUCACUAAUGCCAUUAUUUCAAGAAUGUCGCAGCAGCUCGAGCUCUCAAGUUGAGUUGAUAAAAGGGAUUUUUAAUUGCUCUAAAUCAAUUAUGUAUUUCAGAAAGGAUGACUUGCCGUUGAAUGGUAAUUACUCUCAUAGUCUGUUUAUUGGUGCGAUGGUGGUACAAUCAUUUUAUAGUAGUUACAUUGUUUUCAAUACGUUUUAAUAAGAAUGAUGUGUUUGCGUGCUUUGUUACAGUCCUAAACAUUUUAUUGUCUUUGUUGUGUUCUUUUCAAACAUUUCAAUGCCCACACAUACAAAUCAGAUUUGCUGUUUCUCUGGAUGCGAGUAUUAUAAAUGGGAAAAGAAAUUUUAUCUUUUACACGUUGUCUUCCUCACUUCCAUUCAUAUAUAUUACGGUUUUGGUACACAUUACAAAAUAAUAAGAAAACAUGACUUUAAGAUGUCAGUAGAGUCAACUACCAAUCAAGAAACAUUGUCACCAAAACUCUUCAAAUACAAGUAAAGAUGACAGUGCAGGAGUUGUUAUACAGACUCUACCCACAGUAUUGUACUAUGCACCUGUCAGAAGGUCUGCUCCAUUUGUAUCAUUACCUUUCACAUUGUAAAACAUUGUGCCUUAUUUCUAGUCCUCUUUCAAAAAGAACAGUGACAUGUGCUUAUUAUGCUUGGCCUCACAUUGUGGGGAGUCAGUCCUCGCAUGCCAAUAAGGACAAGGCUUAUGACAGGAUUUAAUAUUGUAAUUAAUGUAUAAUCACUAUUUAAUAAAGAUACCGCAAUUAAAGCCUUUCA